AGUGUUGUCACGACGCCGUUAUAGAAACAACGUGCGAUACGCGUAUUUGAGUGCUUGUUUGUGCGCCGUUUUGUAAUGAUGGCUCUCUAAAUUAUUCAUAUCAUCAUUGACUCUUCUCAGUUCACUAAAUAAUAUUUGCACAGGUGAUUUAAAUUCGGAACAAAAGCCAUUCAUAAGUUAUGACACCGACUGUUGGUGAUGGCGCCGAGCCGCCACACAUCGUCGUGCUGGAUGGAGGUUUCUCUACGCAGCUGUCUUGCCACGUGGGACACAUCAUAGAUGGAGACCCGCUGUGGAGUGCCCGCUUUCUUCAUACGCAUCCUAACGAGGUGGUGAAUACCCACUUAGACUUUCUUAGAGCGGGAGCUCACCUAAUAAUAACAAAUACGUAUCAAGCAUCACUUGACGGUUUUGUGGAACAUCUUGGCGUAACACCCGAACAAGGUUACGCGCUUAUAUUGCGUGCUGUAGAGCUAGCAAAGCGCGCUCGCACUCUUUACUUGGAAGAAUAUGAAGACUGCAUUCAGGAUGAUCAUGUCCCGUUGGUCGUGGGAUCAGUGGGUCCGUAUGGAGCUCACCUUCACGAUGGAUCUGAAUACGAUGGCAGCUACGCCGAUACGACCACUGUUCAGACAAUGCGCGAAUGGCAUCGACCACGGAUCCAAGCUUUAGUGGAAGCGGGGGUAGACUUACUUGCUUUGGAGACAAUACCUUGUCAAGAAGAAGCCGAAAUGUUAUGUGACCUGUUGCGCGAGUUUCCACAUGUAAAGGCAUGGCUUUCUUUCAGUUGUAAGGACGACCAAAGUAUAGCUCACGGUGAAAGCUUCCAAAAAGUGGCCAAAAAAUGUUGGGAAGCGAAUCCAGAUCAAUUAGUGGCGGUGGGAGUGAAUUGCUGCGCGCCUUCCUACGUAUCAGCUCUAUUGAAAGGGAUCAACGACGACCGGCCCCACUCCCCCAUCCCAUUGAUUGUUUAUCCCAACUCAGGCGAAAAGUACAAUCCACAAAUAGGGUGGAUUGAUCGAGACAAGUGUGAAGCAGUGGAGGUGUUCAUUCAGGAGUGGUUAGACUUAGGAGUGCGGUAUGUGGGUGGAUGCUGUCGCACAUAUGCGGCAGAUGUCUCACGUAUCCGCAACCAGGUCAAUUGUUGGCGCGACCGUUGGCGCUUCCAAGCCAAAUAUCAAGCUAAUCUCAAUUCUAAUAAUAGUGCCGUCGACUGAAACCACUGAAACAACGGGGAGACAAUCAAAUCGUUGACUUCUAUUUUCAUCUGUAUGAUAUUUAGUUUAAAAAAAUGUUGUUAUUGAUAAUUUAUUUGCAUUUUAUGUAAAUUGGUAUCAUUGGAUAUAAAUUUUGUUAAACACAUUAGCAAACAGAUUAUGCUUGGUUUUUAAUGUCUAUAAAUACAAUUUAUCAUAUUAUUAUUAAAAGAAGUUCUUUUAGCCCUUAAACUUUUCAUUACUUUAUUUAAACAGAAAGAGUUUAAUAAAUUUUGUUGUGUUCAGUUAAAAGAUGGUAUAUAGGUACGACAGAAAUGCAACAUCUGCUUUGUUAAGGCCUUACUACUUUACUUGAUGCCGUGUACAUUUGUUGACUUUUCGACAUUAUUCAACGUGGCUUGCAGUGUGGUUUUUAAUAUCAUGACUUUUAGAAUAUUACCGUCAAAUGAAGAGAGGUAGUGAUGUUUACCGACAUCUGUCAUUAAAGGCAUUCACACAAAGAUAAAAUAUUAAAUACUACUCGUACCUACUAUUUAUAUCUGAUUGAAAAUAUUUUGACAGAUGUCGUGCGAUAAUUGACAAUGGGACAAGUUGCUGCCGCAAGGCGUAUGGACCCAUUGUAUAUUGUAUGUUUUAGACCAAUCCAGAAACGAUAUAAGUCUUUAUUGUUGCGGUUUGGUUAGGGCCUGGGUCGGGGCGAAAUUUUUAGCAGCCCAGAGUCAGGAAGCUGGCGGUGUUUCACCCCCGUGCCUCGGAAAGCACGUAAAGCCGUUGAUCCUACACCUGAUCUCUCUCCGGUCGUGUUGGUUUACCGUUCCAUCGGACUAUGAGAGUGAGGGAAUAGAGAGUGCACCUGUGCUUGCGCAUACACUCGGGCACUAUAAUUCUGUUCUGCACAGAUGGCUAGUCUCCGUUGGGAGAGGCCGCCGUGAACGGAAUUCGGUCUGGAGGACAUUAAAAUAGUACAUCGGUUUGGUACACCAUGCAAAUUACAUCAAUGUCGUACUGACCAAUCAAAAAACGAAAUAACAAGUCUAUAUCCUUUAAUAUGCGAUCGACAUCGGCUCGAUAUGACGAGCGUUUGUUACAUCGUUAUCUUACCGACUAAUCAAGAAACGCUCUUAAUGGCACAUACCUACGAUAUUUUAGCUAACGUACUGUCACCACUGUGAUGAGAGAAAAUAUUUGAAGAAAACUUUGCACAAUGUAUACAAAAGGAACGAUAAGAUUGGUUGUAUGAGUUUAGUUUGUUGACAUAAGACGAAGGUCGACAUUCGGAAGCUGAUGAAAUGUUCGUUUCCAAUAACUUUCUUUGCGAAAUACCAAUCUAUUAAAAGUACACAGGAGUUUCGGGAGAUAAAUGGAAGCAUUUUAAUGAAAAUUAUUUUUUUGAUCUUACCUACAUACGGGAAGGUAUAGAUAAAAGUACAUAGUCGAAACGGUAAAACUACGAUGAGAACACAAUAUUGGAAAUAUAAUUACAUUAUCCGUAUAAAAGUGCGCCAUUUGGCGCAAUAAUAGCCAAUGUGUAAAGAUCGAUGGCAGUUUUUACCACGUUUUUAUUAAGUCACUUUCUUUUUUGCCUUUCGUUCCGGGUGGAAUUUAGUAAUUGAUUUUAAACUUACUUCCCAAUGAGCUGGAACACUUGACAUUUUGAAUAUAGGUCGAAUUAGGAUGACAAUUAAAAAUAAUAUGAUAAAAAACGUGAUUUAAAAAUUAAUUUGUUAUUUUUUAUGCCUGCUAGAAUGUAAAUUUAAACACUCAUUGUGCGGUGCCAAUUUUUUCAAACAGCAUAAUAUUGCCGAGUUGUACAUAAAAUGGUACGCCUCAGCUAGUUGUAGAAAUAUAAAUCUUAAUUAUUACUGGAUUGCUAUCAAAUUUACACGAGGCCACUGUACUGUUGUGCAAAAUUGAAUAUUUGAUUGAAUGACAUCAUAU